AGGCGGCGCGGGCGCGCGGGAGGCGGUGGAGCGGCGUCACUCUUCACCUGCCCGGGCGAUCUCAGCCCCCUGGGCGGUCGGCAGGCUAGGGGGCUGCGGGGCUGAGCCCCGCUGAGCCCGCCGGGCCAGCCAUGGGCGACCGCGAGCGCAACAAGAAGCGGCUGCUGGAGCUGCUGCAGGCGGCGGGCACCGGCAACGCGCACUGCGCCGACUGCGGGGCGGCGGAUCCCGACUGGGCCUCCUACAAGCUGGGCAUUUUCAUCUGCCUGAACUGCUCUGGUGUCCACCGCAACUUCCCAGACAUCAGCAAAAUUAAAUCCGUGAGACUUGACUUCUGGGAUGACAGUACUGUGGAGUUUAUGACCCACAACGGGAACCUCCGUGUGAAGGCCAAGUACGAAGCCAGAGUCCCUGCUUUCUACUAUGUCCCCCAGGCCAACGAUUGCCUGGUGUUAAAGGAACAGUGGAUUCGAGCUAAGUAUGAAAGACAGGAAUUUAUGGCUGAUGGGAAAACCACCUCACCCCCAGGAAACCGGGAAGGGUUCCUGUGGAAGCGGGGAAGGGACAAUGCACAGUUCCUACGAAGGAAGUUUGUCCUCCUGGCAAAAGAAGGCCUCCUGAAGUACUACACUAAAGAGGAGGGUAAAGGCCCCAAAGCUGUCAUCAGCAUCAAGGACUUGAAUGCCACCUUUGAGACAGAGAAGAUAGGGAACCCCCAUGGACUGCAGAUCACCUACAGGAGAGAGGGCCACGUCAGGAACCUCUUCGUGUACCACGAGAGUGGGAAGGAGAUAGUGGACUGGUUCAAUGCCCUGCGUGCAGCCCGUCUGCAGUACCUAAAAACGGCCUUUCCUGAGCUCCCUGAGUCUGAGCUCGUGCCCCUCAUCACAAGGAAGUACCUCAAACAAGGCUUCAUGGAAAAGACGGGUCCAAAGCAGAAAGAACCUUUCAAGAAAAGGUGGUUUGUCUUGGAUCCCCAGGAGCGGAGGCUGCUCUAUUACAAGAAUCCACUGGAUGCCUUUGAACAGGGCCAGGUUUUUCUUGGGAGCAACGAGCAGGGGUACGGAGUAUAUGAAGACCUGCCCAAGGGCAUCCGAGGGAACCGCUGGAAAGCUGGCCUCACCAUCGUCACCCCCGAGCGGAGGUUCCUCUUCACCUGCCCCAGCGAGAAGGAGCAGAGGGAAUGGCUGGAGAGUUUUCAGGAUGUCCUCUCCCGCCCCUUGACGCCCCUCAACCUUCUCAAAUACAGAUGGUGCUCGUUGUUGCCAGGAAGCCCUCUCUGUCCAUGCACAGCUCUUCUGUGGGGAGCUCCGCCCUGUUAGCUACCCGCCGCCCACCAGUCCCUCUCCACCUGAGAAACCCUGGUCUGUUAUUAUUAGCUAUGGUCACACCCACUGGGCAACUCCUGGGGUCUUGGGUUCCUCUCCCCACACAGAGGAAAGGCUAUUUUGGGUGCCCUUCUUUUCUCUGCAUCCUCCCUUCUGUCGCUGCUCUCCUGCUCCUCCCCUUCCCCCCAGAUGUGUGACAAAUAGGCUUCUGUCUGCUGACAGCCAUGCGAAAAAUGAGAAGACGUUCUGAGCGGGAGCAGGAAACUCCUGGCCCGGGGCCUGGUUUGCGGGCACCAGGAACAAGUUCUGUGUUUGAAAAAGGACAGACCCGAGGAGGAGACCCCACAGCGCCCCCUUAGGAGAAACCCUUGUGUCCUUUGAGUCAGAUCAGCAUAAACACACCUGCUUUUCCCUUUCCAAAAUCUGAAAGCCUAGAGCCUGAGAAACAGACUUGAAAGUUGUUAGUAAAGCCCAUCUGCUGGCGCUUCCUUGUCCCUGCCGGUGGGUCUGCGUGUCUGACUCUGUUUCCAUGUCUCUCUCUCUCUCUCUCUGCGCCGGCGUGUGUCUCUCGCCGCCCUCGGUUGUUUUUUUAAUUCUGGUUCUCUGUCAUUGUGCCCCUGUCCCCUUGCUGUCCCUUCUCUCCAGCAGGACUACACUGGCACGGUUAUCAUCUGAGCUCUCUUCUUGCUCCCCUGACAGCUGCAUCAUCGGAGAGUGGCCACAGCAGCAGGUGACCCACUGGCCACCGAUCACCCGGAGCUCAUGGUAGGAAGGACAAGUUCUAACCUCAGCCUUCGUUGCCCAGCAGGCAUGCCCCGCCGUUCAGCAGCCAUGGCUGGCCAUGAACUGUGCCAAGACUGAAGCUUUGGCCUUUACCUGCUGGCUCCCUGGGCCUUCCCACGGCCCAGCUCAGGCGAGUCUUGGGGAUCUGGCCCAUGUCCUCAAGGCCUCAGACCUCUGAAAUGAAAACACUGCAUCGAGAGCCACCCACCGUGUCCUGCAAGUAGAGGUUUGCUCAAAGAGAAAAAAACUUGAUUCUGGAUGGAACCAUGAAGAAGUAAUCAGACAAAUCCACACGAGGAACGGUCUAUAAAACUGCCGGUGUAAGAUAAAGCAGUGAGGAAACUGUUCCACAUUAAAGAAGACGAAGGAGGCAACAAAGUGGAAUUCAGGAUUCUUGAUUGGAUCCUGGAUUUUGAUGCCUUUUUUUUUUUUUUAAGAUUUUUAUUUUUCAAUAAUCUCUAC